AUGUUCCGCUCGACCAUCGCCCGUGCGGCCGCUUCGGUGACCCGUGCGAUCGCAGCCGCCCCCGUCCAGACGGCCACUGUCGCGCGUUUCGCCCUGGCCGGCCGCAGAAUAGCAGUGGUGCCGACAGCCCGGCCCGCUGUGGCUGCCAUGGCCGUCCGGUGGUACUCGGCAGGCGGCGGCCUGGAGAAGGAGGAGGUUGAGGGCCGCAUCAUCAGCCUGCUCAAGGGCUUCGACAAGGUCAACGACGCGUCCAACAUCAAGGCUUCGUCACACUUCGCCAACGACCUUGGCCUUGACAGCCUCGACACCGUUGAGGUCGUCAUGGCGAUCGAGGAGGAGUUCAGCAUCGAGAUCCCUGACAAGGAUGCUGACACCAUUCACAGCGUUGACAAGGCCGUUGAGUACAUCCUGCACCAGCCGGAUGCCCACUGA